AGCGUUUGCAGAAGCCCCUUUUUUUUGCAGUCUGCUUCCUAUUAAUAAAGAAACCGAGGGCACAAGAUGGGAACCGGAGAGGACCAUGUCCGAGGAAAGGUGUAAAAAAGAGUGAAAUUGCAGCAGCUUCAUCUGAAGUACUCAAUCACCCAUGCGACGUCAUUCUGGUCCGUGUGUAGUUUCCUGUUAACUGCGAGCAUGUUAGCCGAUCUGUAUAGACUUCACACCGAGGACGUGUGUGGGAUGUUGAAGAGCAACGAAGGUGGAUAGUACUUGCAAAUCAGGUCACAAGAUUGCAACCAAUAGCGGGCACUACGUGGUGCAAGGAAGCACGCAGCUCUAAUAAAUACUACUAUAAAUGGAGGCUCGAGAUUAGGCUGCGUCCUGCUGCUUAGACGUGACUGACGCUUCAAAUCUUUAUAUGGUGAACUGAACCCCUGUUCUCACAGGACAUGGAUAAAGGGUGGUUUAUCGGACUUGAGAGGAUUCCUCCAACAAAAUCUGAACAGAGGAUGUCCAGCUGCAGCAGUGUCUCGAGGUCCUGCGUUACUAUAAACCUGAGUGAAAUGCUCCGAGCCGACAAACCUAAUGCACAGAAGAAGCCGGUUCCAAUCCGCCCCCCAAGCCCCAGAGUCUCUUUGCCAAAAGAACAGUUUCAACGCAGUCUCUCCUGUGAACCCACACCUAAACCCAUCAUCCGUCAGCGAUCACACUCACUGCCUUCUGCCACACAAAAGAAAAAGCAGUGCAGAAAUGUUGGUGUACGGUUUGUUGACUCUUUGGGACUGGACCUGGAAGAUGUCAAGAUUUUUAAAUCGGGAGAGGAUCCAUUUGUACCACAGCAUGUUACCUUUAGAUUGUUGAUGGGUGCAGAGAUGGCCGAUGCAAGGCAUCUGGAGAUUUCUUUGCCAUACCUGAAGCCAGCAUUUGCCCAGCAACCUGGAGACCAUCCAGGAUUCCUGCAUCAUCUCUGUGAGAAGAAAGUGUGUCUGGAGAGAGUCCUGUGUUUUGAACUAGGGGUCAUCGGAAUCACCCAAGUCCUCAAUUUGGACUUUGAGAAAGAUGUGACGGCUCGCUAUUCAUUUACGGGGUGGAAGACCUGCACAGAAGUUAAGGCUUCUUGGGUGUCCAACAUCACUAAGAGCUGGGAAGGAGGAAUGGGCCAAAUCAGCUCUGAUACGUUUCGUUUUCAUCUGCCUGUCCCUCCAUUCCUGCAGCCAGAAGCAGUCUUAGAGUUUGCCAUUAAGUACAAAGUCGGUGGAGCUGAGUACUGGGACAACAAUGAUGGAAAGAAUUACAAGUUAGUUUGCCAAAACUACAAACUUUCUGUGCCCAAAGAAUGUGAGGAUAGCAUGGUGCACUUCACUUAGGAUGGAUGCACACUAAAGGAGAAUUAUUUUAGAGCACUUAAUGAGUACAUGCAGCAAUACCUGUAAUAGCAAAAGGGCACUCAGCGAACACGUCAUUUGCCAUGGCCAUUUAUGCUAUUUUUUGCAAUUUCAAAGAAAGCGAUCAGAAUCUGCAUGAAAAUUAAGUUCUUGUUGUGAGCAUGCUGCACAUUGCCAUAUAAUUUUUUGAGAUUUGGCUUUUUUUUUGGGGGGGGGGGUUGUGCAAUCUUAGAGAGACAAAUGCACUGAUGAGAUAAACAACAUAAACUGCUCAUUGUCUCAGUAGCGUUGGCAUAGUAGCAGUUUGAAAAUCUAAAAAAACCACAAGUGCACUUACAUCUAGUGCCAGCUUUACUGCCACUGUUUUACACUUGUAUUUUUGUUUGUAAAAAAAAAUUGCACAGAAUUAUAUUUUCCUACUAAAAAAUUGCACUUCAGUGUGGGAACAUCCCAUACAUAAUUGUUUUGUGAAGCUGAAAUGAAUGCACUUCAAUCCAUGUUUUCCUCCAGCUGUUUGUAAGUCAAAUGUCAAAACAUGCCAUUGAUGCAAACUAAAUGUUUCUUAUGUGGUGAACAAUAUUUAGGUUACAAAAUUCAGUUGUAAUAUUCUUAGAAAAUGCUGGAGUCCCACAUCUUAAAUGGGGUUUCUCCUAUUUUUCUUUUAUCAGCCUUUCUGAAGAAGCUGGUCAGUGCUUUUUUUUUUUUUAAUGACAGA